AUGGAAAAGAAGAGAACAGGAAGGGAGGAGGGGGAGGGAAGGCCGGUUGCCACAGCACUCACGAAAACGAUGCUUUCUCAAGAAGAUGGUUCUGAGACGUGCCUCGAUUUUCAGAAGGGAAGCGGCUCGCGGGCUAUCUUGCACAGUGGAGGGAAGAAUCGUACGAGCCUCAAAAUAAACAAAAGCCGCAGCUACCGUAGUCGUGGGAUCCGGCAGGCGCUUGUUCCUCCUCCCUUCCUAAAAGGCGCGCUGGGGCAGGGAAAGGCCCCCGUGCGGGAUGCGGCGGCGCGCGGGGCACCGGGGGCCCCUGCAGCCGGCCCCGCUCGGCCGCGCGCCCACCGCGCAGAGCGCAGCGCCCCGCGGCCGUCCCCCGGGCCGUCCCCCGGGCCGUCCCCCGGGCCGUCCCCCCAGCUCCCGCAAGGGUCGCCCGGGCCGGCGGGACACAAUGGGGCCGCGGGCGGCGCGCACGGGCCUCGGCCCGGCUGCGGAAAGGGAGAGAGAUCCGGGAGCCGGCGCAGGGGAGAGGGCGGGAGGGGAGGUCCCGCGGCGGCCGGCGCCGGGGAGCGGCUCGGGCGGAGGAGCGCGGCUCCCCCACCGCAGAGCCAACAAAGACGCGAGGAGAACGGCGCCGAGCCCCGCCUGGCCGGCUGGGCGCCACGGCAGGAGGCGGUGGCAGGUCCGCUCCUCGGGGCGGCCGGGAGGCGCCAUCAUGGGGGGGGCCGGCCCGCCCCACGCGGGGAAGAGCCCCCUGCCCGCCGCGGCCCGCGUCACCGGCCCCGCGUAGCCGCGGCAGCCCGCGGGCCCGCGCCCACCCCACGGGAGGCGGCGGCGGCGGCGCUGGAAAGCGCUGGGCGCCGAAGGAGGGCGGGGACGCGGCCAAGGAGAAAGUUGGGUUCGGGUCUGUUUCGUUUUACCGGGUUGGCGGCGCGCCCGUCCGCGCGGGCGCACGAGGGGCCGGACGAGCGGGGUCCCGCGGCCCCGGUCCGGCCGGCGGGGCGCUGCGCUCGCAGGGUGCGUCCCCGCGCCUCGGCCCGGGCUCGGCCGCUCGGCCUCUGCUUCCUCCGCCCGCCCGCCCGCCCGCCCGCCCGCUCGCUCGCUCCCGGAGCCUGGAUUGAUCUGGUCGCGCUGGCGUCAGGGAGUCGGAGCCGCCCAGCCUCCACUCCGCGGCUGCCAACAGCCGGCGCACUCGCCCGCCCGCCCGCACGCUCGCUCGCUCGCUCGCCUGCUCACACGCGCACCCGCGCGCCGCCGCCGCCGCCGCCGCCGCCGCCGCCGCCGCGCGACCAGGGAUCCUCUCCAAAUUCCCGGCCGCUUAGCGCGAGCGCGGGGCCGCGGGGCCGCGGGGCCGGCCACCUCCCUGCUCCCGCCUCCCCCAGCCCGCCCCCGGCCCCACGCCCCGUUUACUCCAAGGAGAAAAAACCAGCCUUCUUUCCCCUGCUUCCUGGCGUCCCGGCGGAGCGGACUCGGUGCGUUAUCCUCACGUGA